GGCUUAGUUCUAGAGUUGUCUAGGUAAUAGUGAAGAUGGCCUCCCAAGUGUGUCAGAACUACCACAAGGACUGUGAGGAUGCUGUUAACAAGCAGAUCAACCUGGAGCUCUAUUCCUCCUAUGUUUACCUCUCCAUGUCCUCUUACUUUGACCGGGAUGAUGUUGCCCUGCGUCACUUUGCUGAGUUCUUCAAGGAGCAGUCCCAUGAGGAACGGGAACAUGCUGAGAAACUGAUGGAAUUCCAGAAUAAACGUGGAGGCAGACUCUUCCUGCAGGAUGUCAAGAAGCCAGAGCAGGAUGAGUGGGGCAAUGGUCUGGAGGCAAUGCAGAGAGCUCUGCAGAUGGAGAAGGAUGUGAACCAGAGUCUGCUGGAUCUGCACAAACUCUCCUCUGGCCACAUUGACCCUCAUCUGUGUGACUUCCUGGAGAGGCACUACUUGGAUGAGCAAGUGAAGAUGAUCAAGAAGCUGGGAGAUCACAUCACCAACCUGAAGAGACUGGGAGCCCCUGAGAAUGGCCUGGGAGAGUACCUGUUUGACAGGCUCACCCUGAGCUGAGUGGGAUUCAACAACUCCAUUUGUUGGUCAUGGUGACUUCACUCUAGUGGAUGACUUUGGUUGUGCUCUGCACAAAAUUAAAAUAGUGUUCACCAUGGAACGGAGUACUUUGUGCAAGUUCUUGAAGGUUCUGGCUGUUUAACAUUUGAUUUAUUUAAUCGAGAUUUUUGUUCUUGCUUCAAUACCUGCCCCAGUAAGUUACUUUAUUUGGAAUCCACUGAGUAUUUUAAAGCUUUUUAACACAGCAAUUCUCUCUGGAAAUCCCACAGCUGCCCAAGCUUUUUAGCAUUGGAAGUAAUGUUGAUUCACCAGUCUCGUGCUUAUGGAACAAUUUUGUAGGAACAGCCUCUGUUCACUAAACACUGAACUCAGUCCACUGUCUAAAUGUUAGACACCAACUGUAUUGUCCAUAGCAAUGCUUGGAUUUUAAAAAGACAAAACUGUAAGUCAAAACAGAUUAUUGGAAAAUCUGUGCAGAGGAAACCCUUCUGAAGGUUCACCCAGGAGCUGAAACAUUAACUGUUUUCUCUCUGCUGCUGCCUGACCUGAAUUCUUUCCAAUUUGUUUUAAUGGAUAGACUCCUUUUGACUUUAGUAGAUAAACAACAUUACCUUCAUUCUUGUAGGAGAUAAUCACAUAUACAUAACACAUCACUGUUGACUUGCUUGGAUAAGCUAUAGUUUACCGAGCUCAGGCGUUGGUUUCUCAAGUAGCAGACAUUAUUGCUGGCGAAUAAAGAAUCUGCUUUAUUUGUUUAAACCAUAAAAUAAGCAUCACUUUCUCAGCAUAAACUGAGAUGGGGCAGGUAGUUUUGUCUUUGGGGAAAUGACAUAUUUCCCAUGUAAAACACUUCUCUCAUUCCAAGGAAAAGCAUAAACUAAAUACCAGAACAUUAGUUUCUAUAUAUAACUGAGAAACUCCAACCUGUGCUUUACAUUUGCAGUUUUGGGUCAAAUGUUCUCUUCAAGUCUUCUAAUGUAAAAUGGGCCAGUGAAAUUGGUUUAGAGACUUUACCAAGCUGUCUGGUGUAGCUCAUCCUGCUGAGUCUUGGUAUUGGACCUGAUGCUCCAGGUAAUGGUUUUGUUAAAUCACCAUCCUAGAGUGAGUAUUCUCACCUGAAUGUAGACUUGUGCUGAAUCUGAUUUUAGAGAACAGACAUUUAUAAGCUCCUUGAGGACAGUAAAGCUACUGUCUUUUGAAUGAUUUCAUUUAAGGGGUUUCAUCUGAUCAUUGGAGGGUGUUAGAGACUGGAU